UAAAUCAAAAGGAGAAAACUUUAUAAAAACACAUAAAGAAGCCCAAUUUAAAAAGAAUCCAAUCCAAAUCCAGCAGAUAACAGAAUAUAAAAGGGUGGUUCUUCCCUCACUCUCACUCAGUGCCAGUUUGGAAUUCAAUUUUUAAAUCCCAUUAAUGCUGCCAAAGAACCCCUCUGGCAGCAUCUGCGACUCACCCAUCUUGUGACUAAGAUAUCUCUCACUCUCCCCAUGUUAUUAAAAUUCCCUCUACUCACAGAUUUCACAAUCCAACUCUCUACAAUUUGUUUCCCUCCUCCCUCCUCACAACUUCUCACUAUGCAAGACCACAUUGGCAUCCCUGCUUGCUUUUCUUCAGCUGAGAAGCUCAGUGAUGAUGCCUCAGCUGUGAGCAGGUCAGGCCACAGUGUCUACAUGUCAGUCUACAGAGCCAAGAUUGCUGAUCAGAGCCGCCUGAUCACAAUCACAUGGUGCAAAAACCUUCUCCUUCAUGGCCUCUCAGUCUCUGUGGAGGGCCCAGAUGGAGAGAACCACCAUUCCUGCAAAGUUGAGCUCAAGCCAUGGUACUUCUGGAGAAAACAAGGCUCGAAGCGGUUUGCUGUCAAUGGGAAAACUGUCGACAUUUUCUGGGAUCUCAAGGCUGCAAAAUUUAAUGGUGGAACUGAGCCAAAGUCUGAGUAUUAUGUUGCAGUUGUCUGUGAGGAAGAGGUUGUGUUACUGCUCGGUGAUCUUAAGAAAGAUGCAUAUAAGAAGACAGGGUUUAGGCCUGCUUUGAUUGAUCCCAUUUUGGUUUCUAAAAAAGAACACAUCUUUGGCAAGAAGAAGUUUACCACAAAGGCCAAGUUUUAUGAGAAGGGCAGGCUUCAUGAAAUCUCUAUUGAGUGCAAGAAUAGAGCUGCAAACAUGGGCAAUGUUGGGAAUUCAGUAAAUGGGGUUGAGCCAGAGUUGGAGAUUAGAGUAGAUGGGCAUUUGGUGGUUCAUGUCAAACACCUUCAGUGGAAGUUCAGAGGUAAUGAGUCUAUUCAUAUUAACAAGUUAAGAAUAGAGGUGUAUUGGGAUGUCCAUGACUGGUUGUUUAGUCCUGGUUUAAGGCAUGCAUUGUUUAUUUUCAAGCCAAUUUUGCCUUCCACAUCUCUAUCACCACUGUCUAGGUCAUCUUCUUCUUCGCCGCCUUCAUCUUCCCUGUCAUCAACACUGUCUUCCCAGACAAGUUGUGGUUCACUAGAAGGGCUUAAUGCAAGUGGCUCUUCUGAGUUUUGCUUGUUUCUUUAUGCUUGGAAGGUUGAAUGAGGAAUAUUACUCAAAAACGCUUUUGGUAGCCCUCCGACGGAAAUAGUUAAAAGUGUUUUUUGAGUUAUAGAAGCAGCGCGAAUCAAACCCUUUGUUAGACUACUAUCAUCAUCAUUGUGAUCUGAAGAAUGAGGCAGCCCAAUGAAAAGGGUCAUCAAGAAAUGAAAUGGGAGAUGGGACAUCAUGGAAUGGUGAAGAUGCAUGUUGGAUUGAGAAGGAAGUGGGACCCAAGAAAGGUUGGGGAGUUAGUUACAGCUGGGAAUGAGAAAAUGGGCAUAUUGGACAAAGACAGAUUGUAACAUCACAUAGAUGCUCAAUAAUUUUCUCCAUCGAGAGGCAUCUACAUCUGUUUAUUUUUAUAUAUACAAACUCUCUCCUUCUCUUUCUUGAUCUGAUCUUGAUAAUUGAGCAGUAGGUAGUUUUCUUUCUAACUCUGUGUACCAAACCAUGUAUGGCUCCAAAGUUUUUAUAUAAAAGAAAUGUAGAAAAUAUACUGAAUGUC